AUGUUCGUGAUUUUGUUCUUCACGGUGUUCGCUGUCUAUUUGGGCUAUGAAUUGUAUUGGAAGCGUCGGAAUCUACCACCUGGUCCAUGUCCAUUGCCAGUUUUUGGAAAUCUAUUGUCUAUUAAUAACCCACCACCUGGAUACGCUGCAUUUGAAGGAUGGACCAAGAAGUAUGGAGAUGUGUAUACCUUUUGGAUUGGAAGCAGACCCCAUAUUAUGAUCAACACCUACGACAAGGUGAAAGAAACGUUCAUUCGAGAUGCCGAAACCUACACCAAUAAAGUUUGUCUCCCAGCAGUUGACUUCUUCCGUGGUGGAGAUCAUGGAGUCAUCGAUUCUAAUGGUGCCAAAUGGAGGGACCAUCGUAGAUUCGCUCUAACUAGUUUAAGAGAUUUCGGGUUGGGAAAGAACCUGAUGCAGGAAAAAAUCCUUCUGGAAGUUCAAGAUGUCUUUGUCAAAUUCGAUGCUACUGAAGGACAAGAAACAGAAAUCCCACCAGUUUUUGAUAACGCUAUUGCAAAUGUAAUCAAUCAACUUUUAUUUGGUUAUCGGUUUGAUGAGACCAAACAAGACGAGUUCCAAGAGCUCAAACGAAUCAUUGAUGCUCCUCCAGAACUAUUCGGAAAGCUCCAUAUAUUCCUGGCUAUGAAUAUUCCAAUCCUUGCAAAACUCAUGCCGGAAUCGUUGUACGAAAAACCGUUUAAGGAUUUCCGAGAUACUGGUUUUGGAUUCUUCCGGGCUCAAGUAGAGAAGCACAGAGAGCAAAUAGACUUUGAAGAUCUGGAUUCUGACAGUUCGGAUUAUGUAGAGACAUAUCUGAAGGAGCAGAGGAAGAGACAAAAUGAGGGAGAUGAGGGAACGUUCAGCAAUAUCCAAUUGGAAAACAUGCUGAUGGAUAUGUGGUUUGCUGGCCUUGGCACCACUACAAACACCACUACAUGGGCAUUGAGUUAUAUUUUGCACUAUCCAAAGGUUCAAAUGAAGAUCCAUGAGGAACUGGAUAGAGUCGUAGCAAGCGAUAGACUUAUCACCACCGCUGAUAAGAAUGACUUGCCGUAUAUGAACGCUUUUCUCAAUGAAACCCAACGAUGUACCAAUCUUGUUCCAUUGAACAUGCAACACGAGACCACCAAGGAUACAGUAAUCAAUGGGUAUCAUAUCCCUAGAGGAACUGGAGUUGUUGCUCAAAUUAGUACUAUCAUGAUGGACGAGAAAACAUUCCCAGAUCAUGAAUCUUUCAAGCCAGAAAGGUUUAUAGAUGAGAAUGGAAAAUUGAAAAAGGUGGAGCAACUUGUUCCAUUCUCGGUUGGAAAACGACAAUGUCUAGGAGAAGGGCUUGCUAGAAUGGAACUAUUCCUUUUUAUUGCCAACUUUUUGAAUCGAUACGAGUUAUCCCCAUCCAAACAAGGGCCACCGUCGUUGGAGAAGAAGUGUGCAACUAUGGUCGAGCCAAGAAUAUUCUCUGGAAUUUUGAAGAAGAGAAGAUAA